AUGGAGAAGCGUAUUCUGCUGUUGUGCAAGGACAGGAACGCGAAGAUCAUGACCAUCCUCGGCGAUCAGGACCCGAGCGAGGUGAUGGAGUUCCAGACCACCAUACAAAUGGUCCAGGUCGUUGUCAACCGCCUCCUCGUCUCUGGCGGGAAGAAGCAGAUUUUGAUCGACGUCCCAUUGCUGGACAAGAUCUACACCAUCCUGGGGCAGUACGAGGAGCUGCUGGAACAGUACAUCGCCUCCGGCCGCCUGCGCAGAUUGCUCAACAGCAACCGCAUGCGACGAAAGCUCGAGAAAAUCAAUUCGGACCUGCACGUCCACCUGAAGGAGUUUGUGGAAACGCUCAAAGAAAUGAACGCCAAGCAGAGCAUCCCCUCCUCGGGAUCCAGGUCAAGAGAGGACGCCUCCGUCACCGAACUCGAAGACAGAGAGAAGAGCGACAAGCGAGAGAUCAAGAAAUCAAAGGAGAAGGCGGACGGUGCCAAGGGCCAAGGGAAGAAGGACGAUGGAAAUGACAAGAAGAAGAACAAGAAGAACAAGGAGGACCGGGACAAGAAGAAGGAGAAGAAGGUCAAGAAGGACAAGUCGCCGAAGAAGUCCGGGACUGGCGUCACCAGUACUGGUGGCGCAGCUGCCGGUGAUGACAAAGAGAAGCGGGAGGCCUCCGAAAAGCGAACUGGAGAUGUCAUCUCGUCUGAGAUGUCGGCGUCGCGCAAGAAGUACACGUCGAUCGUGGAUGUGGCCGGUAAGGAACUGGCCGAGGAGCACCAGCACCUGAGGCAUCUCUCCAACGAGAUGAUUUCCGACCCCGAGGGCAAGGACUUCUGGCUCAAGCUUUUCGGCGCCGAGGCGUUUUACGUCAAAUGGGACGAAUUCAUCGAAGAGCUGUCGAAGGCGCUCGGUGUGAGCAUUUCCAAGGACGAUCAGGCGCUCAUGAAGCACGUUCUCGACAAUUCGGGGACCGGCCACAUCAACAUGUACAAGUGGUCGGAGUUCCUUAAGGGCUUCGGCCCGCUCACCAACGUCGUCAACAACGUGCGGAACAUUCUCACGGCGCCGUGGUUCCACGGGUUCCUCACAUCGCGCGAGGCCGAGCUGCUGCUGGAGGACCAGCCCAUUGGCACCUUCCUCAUCCGAUUCAGCCGCUCGUCCGGCGGCUCCUUUGCGCUGGCCUUCGUCCAGGAGCACCGCAAGAUUCUUCACAUUCUCAUCCAGAGCUGUAUGCCCGAAGGAUUCAAGAUCGACGAAGAGGAGGGCGACAAGAGCAAAUACUUCGAGUCCCUGCAGGACAUCGUCGAUCACUACAGCAUCUUCCUCCAGCACUCCUUUACCUCCGAACUUCCGAGAGAAAGUUGGUUCCACGGUGACGUGUCCCCUCCGGAGGCCAUCGAGUUGCUGCAGGGCCACCCCGAAGGCACCUUCCUCAUUCGGUUCAGCGAAGUAAGGCACGCCCUCAUCCAGGGCCUGCCGCAGGGCGGAUUCCUGUUCGCGGGCGAGAAGGAGACCUUCCCCAACCUCACCACCCUCAUCGAAGCCUACUCGCCCACCUUGCGGUUCGCGCUACCCAACAACGAGACGGACGUGGCGCCGAUCCUGAAGAAGUACCUCGAGUCCAAGAAGGCCAUGAAGGAGGCCGAGGACCGGGGACCCAUUCCCAACCACUACUCCGCCGUCGACACCGAGACCUUCAAGAAGGUCCUCGGCGGGCGCAAGUGA